AUGAGUUGGGCUAAUACAGUUCAAUUGGUUGAAUUUUUAAUUGAAAACCAUGAAUUAUUGAUUAACGAACCUUUAUCUGGACAAUUAAGAGAUAUCUUUGCGUUGUAUAUCACCGCAAACCAAUAUGCAAAGACGAAAUACGAUCAUUCAAAACUUCCUUUUACUGAUUUUGUUAGUGAUAUCCAUGAGAUCUCAAGGCUGGCUCCUUGCUCGUUAAUUUUUAAGAAGGAUAACGGUUUGAGUUUAGAAGAUCAUUAUAUCGAGGUGAUCGAUGAAUAUCUACUGAAAUUGCUAAGGGAUAAACUAGUACCAUUUCAAAGGCCAAAAUCAAGCUCAGGCUCAGGCUCAGGCUCAGGCUCAGGCUCGAACUCAAUCUCAAUCUCAAAUUCAAGUUCAAACUCAAAUAAACAUAAUGGCGCCAAAUCGAAUUCCUCUUUGCAAGCAAAAGGUAAAAAAACUUGCGGGAACAAUAAUGCCAAUAAUAACCAAGACUCACCUGAGAAAGGCUUGUUGGAUAGAUUAAUGCUGGCCUUAAAACAUGAUGAUUUCGAAAAUGGCAACAGAACUGAGCAGACCAUUUGGAAUGUAGAUUUAUUAAAUAGAAUGCAAAAAAAUUUGAAAACUGAAUUGGCUUCUGUUACGUUGAGUAGAGAAAGAGCUAGCCAAACAACAAAAAUUGCUGAAUAUAUCCCAUCUUGUAGAAACACAACCCAUGCUUCCCUUUUAUCAACAUCGGUUUAUAUCGUUAACAAUAAAAUUGUUUCAAUACAAUGGUCAAAAUUUAAUAAAUAUGAAUUACAAUAUCCUGGUUUUUUAAAUUGUGUCCAAAACAAUAUUCACUACGUCCCAAACCUAAAGCCUCAAACUGACCUAUCUUUGGGUGAUUGUUCAUACUUAGACACUUGUCAUAAGUUGAAUACUUGUAGAUAUAUUCAUUACUUGCAGUACAUUCCUGAAAGCUUAAAAAGAAAAAUCGAAGAAGAAACUGAAUCAAUGAAUGCAAAAAUUGAAAAACAAAGAAAGAUACCCUUCUAUACUCAUGGUGAAUGCUGUUCAUCUUUUAUAAAGUCGCCUUUGCCUCCACAAUGGAUUAGAUGUGAUGUUAGAAGAUUUGACUUUAAAAUUUUGGGAAAAUUCUCAGCGGUUAUAGCUGAUCCAGCAUGGAACAUUCAUAUGAACCUACCAUAUGGUACCUGUAAUGAUAUAGAGUUGUUAGAACUACCAUUAGAAGAUCUCCAGGAUGAAGGAAUAUUAUUCUUGUGGGUAACUGGUAGAGCAAUCGAAUUAGGUAAGGAAUCGCUACAAAACUGGGGAUAUAAAGUCGUAAAUGAAAUAUCAUGGAUCAAAACUAAUCAACUUGGUAGAACUAUUGUCACAGGACGUACUGGUCACUGGCUAAAUCAUUCUAAGGAACAUUUAUUGGUGGGGCUCAAGGGUAACCCAGAAUGGAUCAAUAAACAUAUCGAUACAGAUAUUAUCGUAUCUACCACGAGAGAAACCAGUAGAAAACCAGAUGAAUUAUAUGGAAUGGUUGAAAGAAUGGUAGGUCCGCAUGCACGUAAACUAGAAAUAUUCGGUAGAGAUCACAAUGUUAGACCAGGUUGGUUUACAGUUGGUAAUCAGUUAACUGGUAAUUGUAUUCACGAAUUAGACGUUAAAAGAAAAUACGAAACCUUUUGCCAGAACUUAUUAAACAAAUCUGUUAAUAAUAAAAAUGGAUGUCCUAAAGGUUUAACCAAUAACGAGAAUACUAAAUUACAACCAGUGCAAUCCCAUUCGAAUAAUAAUGACGACNAUAAUAACAGUAAUAAUAAUAAAAAAACUCAUAAUAGACAUGCAUCAUCAUCAAUGGCCCAUAUUGAAUAUUCUCAGCAUCCUCUGAACUUGCAAACACAACUGAACAAAUUAUACAUUUCACAAUAA